AUGAACUCAAACGAAGUAGUCAAAAAGCAGUUCUACUCUGAGCUACGUAGCCAGUUGAGAGGUGUGUCCAUCCAUGUUAGACCUCCCCUUGGUAAUUUCAAUGCACGCGUAGGUUACGAUACAUCCAUAUGGUAUGACGUAAUAGGGAAGCAUGGGGUUGACAAGGCAAACUUAAACGGCCGCCUGCUGCUAUCGCUUUGCUGUGAGUAUGGAAUUUUGAUUAUCAAUACUAUUUUCCAACUCCCCAACCACCACAAAACUACCUGGAAGCAUCUCCGAUGCAACCAGUAUCACUUCACUGAUUACAUAAUUGUGAGGUCUUCUAUGAGGGAAGAUGUCCAAGUAACACGUUCUUUGUCCAUUGGGGAGCGUCGGUCUGAUCAUAGACUGAUACGAUCAAAGGUGAAUUUUACUAUUCGCAAUCCUAUUCGUAAUAACCACACUCGAUCAAUCCGAAAAGUAGAUGUGAGAAAGCUGAGGAACAAUGAUAAUUUAUCCUCAUUUCAAACAACUUGUGACGACAAACCUGCUGGCAUCUUAGAUAAUACAGAUAUUGAAUCAGCGUGGUCUGCUUUUAAAAAUACUGUAUUUGAGUUAUUUUGUGAAAUACUCGGAUUUCUGGAAGCCAAACAGAUCAUAACAGUCAAGGUUCACUGCAAUCAACUCGCUGAAAUGCAUGCUCACUUGCAAAAAUUGAGAUCUGCAUUGGAAAGACAUCUGGCCAUAAUGACACCAGUUUUUGUAAGAAUCAUUGAUCUAGCUUCCAUUUUCAAAGUCCUUUCAAGAACCAUAAAGAGAAUUGUGAAUAGGUUUAAGAAAGAGGAAAUAGUGGAAAGGAAAACUGGAUCAGGAGGUCAUAACCGCAAGAGGGAUCAUCAUUUGAAUCUGGAGUUGAAGAGAUCCAUCAGAAGAGAUCCAACUCAAUCCAUAAGACGUUUGGCACAUAAGAGAGAAGUUUCGGCUAUGAAAGUUUCAAGAACGGUGACAGAAGACUUGGAAAUGAAAUCGUAG